UUUUUUUUUCCCGAGAGCCAAGAGAGGGGGAAAGAAACACAAUGGAGGACCACGCAUCAUCAGAUACAGCGAGCGCCCCAUCUGCAGCCACACAAGAGAACGUGCAACCGCAACCACCAGCAGGACCAACCGAGCAAGUCAAGGAGCAGCAAGAGGAAGGGCAGCAGCAGCAGCAGCAGCAACAGCAGCAGCAGGUCUUGGAGCCGCCGGCAGAGCAAGAACAUUCGCCCAGCGAGAAGGAGCCGGAGGUGACCACCCCGCCAAGGCCGUCUGUGGCAGAUCCCGGCCCGUCGCUCGCUGAGGUCGGGCUGAAGGUCGGCUCAUGGUUCGGCGGGCGGCUCAAGAACACGGCAAACUUCCUGCAGAGCAGAGGCAAAGAGAUGAUUGAGGUCAGACAGAUCCAAGCACAUGCCGGCCGCCAGACCAGUGCUCUCACGUGUUGUGUGUGUCGGAUUCUGUCAGACGGUGACCCCCGAGAUCAAGGAGUUUGCCCAGCAGUUACAGAGCGACACCUCUCAGUUUGUGGCCAAGCAGAAGGAGCGGCUGAUGCACGUUGCGGCGCAAUUUGAUGAGGCUUUUGAGAGUCAGGGUGAGGGCCAGGAAGCCAGCCCCGCCAAGCAGGCUGCCGCCGACAGGGCGAGAAAGGCCACCGGCAGCAGCACCAAGCAAGAGGGGGAGGAGGAGGCACAGAGGGAGACGGAUGGUGACCCGCAGCCGCCCGCCGGCAAACCGACCAGGAAGCUGCCCAAAGCAUAUGAGAAAAAGUGGGGGACUGAGAGACAGACAACACAACACAACACAACACAACACAACACAGCACAUGUGUGGGCUGGGCUCAUCUGAUCUGCAUGUGAUGUGUGUAUCCAUCAUGGUUGUGGGUGUGUUGGUUCAUGUGAUGUGAUGUGCUCAGUUUCAGCGCGCGUUUCAUCUCCAAGUUGGAGGCUCUUCGUGAGGACGAGUCGACCUUCACGACGGACCCCCCCGAGCCGCCACACGACACCCCCCACCGCACCGGCACCUUCCAAGACUACCCCGUCGACCAAUACGAGGUGGGUGAGGUAGUCCACACAGAGGGCGCACACGGACGCACGAGCGGAUCGAUCGGCCAUUUGCGUCCGAUGUGUUGUGUGAGUGAGUAGGUGUUAGAGUGGUGCCACGAUGAGACGAUUGCGACGCUCAAGGAGCGGCUAGGUGAGUGGGUGGGAAUGAUUAGCGCAGAAUUAAGAAAAACACAUACACCCAAGGUUACUUACGUUGGGCCCUCCCUAUGUGUGUGUGGAUGCAAUGCAUCCCAUCCAUGCCCUCCCUCUGUCUGCAGUCCCAUCACGUGUCGAUGAGGAGCUCUUCUGGAAGAGGUGUCAAGGAAGGGAGAUAGAUAGACAGACUUCGGGCAAGGCAGGGUACCGUGCCAUCGUUGGAUGCAUCUUUUGCGUUUGUCAGGUUUCUGUAUCGGAUCUACCUGCUCAAGUGUGAGGAGGCGCACCUCGCCGACCUCGUGCAGCGUAAGUGAGGGAGGCCCCACACCCACCACUCACACACGCAGGCAGGCUGUGCGAAUGAUCUCAGGCUGAGAUCAUUUGUCUGUUCUUCUCCCUCACAACGUGUCGUAUGCGUUGUGUCUGUCUGUCUGUCCACAGGCGUCAAGAACACCGAGACGGGCGACGAAGAGGAGGUACUGUGACGUAACAAACGACGCCACACAUGCUGCCUACCCUAAUGCGGGCCUUGAACCAAUCUUUGUUUGUGUGUCCCACCCAGGAGUUCUCAUGGGACGACGUGGACUCUCCCCGAGGCCACCCGGACAAGCACACACACGAGCACCCGUCGUCCGGCGGUGAAGCAGAGGGGCAACACGAGGAGGGCACCGAGCAGCCGUCCGUGAAGCAACCUCCCACUCCCAUCCGGCUGACACCCGAGAGGCUCUCCCAGGGCGACAACACCCAAGACCAAGAGGAAGGUACACGAACGUGCAUCGCAUCCAUCAUCCCUAAUGCGUGAAUGAAUGCGUUGAUGGCUUGCAUUGCAGCGGCUUGCGAGGUGGUGGACUCGCCUGUGGGUGUGCCGGGUGCGAGUCCUGAUGGGCCCGCCAGCUCCGGCGCCUCUGACGACUUCGCCAUCGUGCAGCCUGUCGAACAACACAAGGUAGGUGAGAGGGAGAGAGUGUGACGUGACCACACAGAGACGUGCACGCCUCCAUUCAUGUGCCGUGUGUGUGUGGUUGUGUGGUUGUGUGUGGUUGAUGCGAUGCAGGAGGAGGACAAUGGCGAGUGGGUGUCGUGGGACUGACUGACUGACUCGUAGUUUUCGACAUGUGUGGAUCGUUUGGUUGCGGAACGAACGGACAGAUCAGAUCUGCCUCCCUCUUUUUUGUACAGUCGGUCGAUAUAUACGAUGGGAUGGCUGGCUGGCUGGCUGGCUGAGGCAGCGCGAAACAUGCGCUGUCCACAGCUGCAGGGGCGGGAGGGACACAGACAAUCGUUCGAUCUAUCUCGAAG